GUGUGUUGGGCGGGUUGUCUUGGUCCGUAGGCGGGAGGCAGGGCGUAAGUCUAUUGUCUGUGUUUGACACUCUAGUUUGGUUCGAGGCCUGCCGGAGCUGUCCCGGGGCCGUCAACAGAAGCCGCAGCUACCGCCCCCGCCCCUCCCCUUCCCUCCGUCCCCGGGCGGAAACGAGCCGGUGUCACGCCCCUCAGCACUCCCCGUUCCCUUCUCUGUCGUUGCGUCCGCAUCGUGUCCCCGGAAUCAGACGGUGACCCAUAGAUGGCCAGCUUUCCCCCGAGGGUCAACGAGAAAGAGAUCGUGAGAGCACGUACUAUAGGUGAACUUUUAGCUCCAGCAGCUCCUUUUGACAAGAAAUGUGGUCAUGAAAAUUGGACUGUUGCUUUUGCUCCAGAUGGUUCAUAUUUUGCUUGGUCACAAGGACAUCGUACAGUAAAGCUUGUUCCGUGGUCCCAGUGCCUUAAGAACUUUCUCUUGCAUGGCACUAAAAACGUUACCAAUUCAAACAGUUCAAGAUUGUCAAGACAAAAUAGUGAUGGUGGUCAGAAAAAUAAGCCUCGUGAACAUAUUAUAGACUGUGGCGAUAUAGUCUGGAGUCUUGCUUUUGGAUCUUCAGUUCCAGAAAAACAGAGUCGCUGUGUAAACAUAGAAUGGCAUCGAUUCAAAUUUGGACAAGAUCAGCUACUCCUUGCCACAGGGUUAAACAAUGGGCGUAUCAAAAUAUGGGAUGUAUAUACAGGAAAACUCCUCCUUAACUUGGUAGAUCAUACUGAAGUGGUCAGAGAUUUAACUUUUGCUCCAGAUGGGAGCUUGAUCCUAGUGUCAGCUUCAAGAGACAAAACUCUCAGAGUGUGGGACCUGAAAGAUGAUGGGAACAUGAUGAAAGUAUUGAGGGGGCAUCAGAACUGGGUGUAUAGCUGUGCGUUCUCUCCUGACUCUUCUAUGCUGUGUUCAGUUGGAGCCAAUAAAGCAGUUUUUCUUUGGAAUAUGGAUAAAUAUACCAUGAUACGGAAACUAGAAGGACAUCACCACGAUGUUGUAGCUUGUGACUUUUCUCCUGAUGGAGCAUUACUGGCUACUGCAUCUUACGAUACUAGAGUAUAUAUCUGGGAUCCACAUAAUGGAGACAUUCUGAUGGAAUUUGGGCACCUGUUUCCCCCACCUACACCAAUAUUUGCUGGAGGAGCAAAUGACCGAUGGGUACGAUCUGUAUCUUUUAGUCAUGAUGGACUGCAUAUUGCAAGCCUUGCUGAUGACAAAAUGGUGAGGUUCUGGAGAAUUGAUGAGGAUUAUCCAGUACAAGUUGCACCUUUGAGCAAUGGUCUUUGCUGUGCCUUUUCUACUGAUGGCAGUGUUUUAGCUGCUGGGACACAUGAUGGAAGUGUGUAUUUUUGGGCCACUCCAAAGCAAGUCCCUAGCCUUCAACAUUUAUGUCGCAUGUCUAUCCGAAGAGUGAUGCCUACCCAAGAAGUCCAGGAGCUGCCGAUUCCUUCCAAAGUUUUGGAAUUUCUCUCUUAUCAUAUUUAGAAGCCUUUGCCUUCCCUAGUAGUAGGGACUGACAGAAUACACUUUACACAAACCUCAAGCUUUACUGACUUUAAGUAUCUGUUUUUAAAGGUUUAGAAAAUUUAUUUAAUUUGAUACAUUCUUCUACUGCAUUUUGAUUAGUUGAGCUUUUAAAAUAUUUAUAGACUAGGAGAAAUACUUCUGAACAUAUCAUGUAAAUUUUUUUAAAGAUCUAACUGUGAAAACAUACAUGCAUGUAAAUAUUUAGAUAUAAGCUGCUAUGUUUUGAAUGGACUCUCUUGCUUUUCUGAUUUUUAGUUUGGACGUGUAUAUAUUGCUUCGGUAGAGCCAUAAUAUGUACCUUUGCUGUAAAGUGGAAGCAUUUUUUUAUUUUGGGACACUGACUUAGAUGGUAAAUAUUGACUUAGGAAAGCUGAAUUGCCUCAUACAAAAUGUAUUUGUUUCUGGGGGGUUGGGGGGCCACGUGUCAAACUGAUCUACAAGUGAAACACAAGUUUUUGUAUAGGGAAAGGGUUUUGUUUUCCUUAGGAACGGCAUCUGAGAGGUGGAAUUUGAAUUUGACGUUAAAAAAACAGCAGAUCCAUGAUAUAACUAGUAAAAGGGUGUGUGUCUCACACCCACCCCCCAAUACCACUGUGGGCUAUUUUGGAAAGCAGCUUGCUACUUUACCCCGUGGUAUAAAGUAUUAUAAAUUUUAGUCAAUUCGAGAAAUCCAUCUACUGUAUUAUUACUGAAUAUUUUGUUUGUACUAAGGGACAUUUAAGACUAAGGAUUUUUUUUAAAAAAACAUUUAUUCUGUGUUUCUGCAGUGGAUGAUAUUGGUGAAUUGCCAAAGAGAAGCAAUACAGUAUAUCUGCUUUUGCCUUCUGUUAUUUAUCUUACCUGCAGAUAUUAAGAAUGUAUGCAUUAUGUAAAAUGCUUGAUUAUAUAUUUUUGUUGAGUUUUUUAAUUAAAGACUUGUAAAAAACCA